AGAGACGAGUGUCGCAUAAGCGCUGAAUAAAUAAAGUUGAUAUCCAAGUAUCUUACUACAUCACGACCAACCGAACGGCAUUGAUAUUUUUGCAAGGUCGCCCGUUGAUAUUCAAAAGUAGAGGUUAUCCAGAUAGAUAAGUUUAUUAAAAUGGCAAAAAUAAUAAUUGAGACUGAUGUUCCUGCGGUAGUAAAAAAAUUAUCUGCCAUUAUAGAGGAAAAAGCCAAUGAAGUACUUGCAACUCAGGAGAUCUUCAAAAUUGGCUUAUCAGGGGGGUCUUUAGUCGGUUUCUUGGCUGAAGGUCUACCAGGCAUUUCAACUGACUGGAGCAAAUGGAAAUUCUUUUUCUGUGAUGAAAGAGUAGUGCCCUAUGACAAUAAUGAAUCUACCUUUGGAGCAUAUAAGGCAAACUUAAUUGAAAAAAUUCCUAUUACUGAAGAUCAAUUUAUAAAAAUAGAUCCUUACCUUUCCGCUGAGGAUGCAGCAAAAGACUAUAUCAAAAAAAUGUCUGUCUUUUUUCCACCUGACAGUUUACCAAAAUUUGAUGUCUUAUUGCUAGGCAUGGGACCUGAUGGUCACACAUGCUCACUGUUUCCUGAUCAUAGACUUCUAGAAGAGAUGAGUGUCUGGGUCAGCCCAAUUAAUGAUUCGCCUAAGCCACCACCAUCAAGAAUCACACUUACUUUCCCAGUAAUAAAUAAUGCCAGCACUUGUAUAUUUGCAAUUACUGGAAGCAGUAAAGCAGACAUGAUAAAGCGCAUUUUGAAAGAUAAGGAAGGUUUACCUGCCGGAAGGGUACAACCAACUAAUGGAUCAUUAUAUUGGAUCCUUGACCGGGGUGCAGCGAAAUACGUGAAUUCCAACUGAACUGUCCUGCCUUCGCGUUUUUACGCCAUUGCGUCGCAUGGAAACUUAACGCAUUCCAUCUAGUAUCUCGUAAUAUUAAAAACUACGUUUCUUGCGCUGAUAAUUUUAUAUAUACAUAUAUGAACAAUUAUUUUAUAUAAUGUGAAGACUAAAUAGAUAGGUAAUUAAUAUAUUGGAAUGUUAAAGGAUGAAAUGCGCCGAUCUGCCUCCAUAAGCACUGAUCACUAUAUAACGACAAAGUCAGAAUGUUGCGAUAAAAUGGCGUGAUACCGAUAAAGAGCAAGCGUUAAUGAUAACAAAAUUUGAAAAGGAGGACUAACUAAGCAUAUCAUCCUUAAUAUCGCAGACUAUAUUUCAUAUUUUGUUUCGAUAUUUGUGUUUUGUUACUUACAUUCUGCUUUUUAUUAUUCCAACAGAUAGCAUUAGACUGUGAGUUUAAUUAUUCGAUAAAGGAUAUUGCUAAGUGCGAUUUUCCAUUUUCAAUGAAUGCUAUGUGAUUUUUCUAGUACUGAAAACAAGUCCCAAACUUCCUGAACGUAUAAGACUUUUUUCUAUUAGUUACGCCAAAGCUUGCUACAGGUGUUCAGUGCAUAUCCAGAAUUGAAAUGUCAGUGCACUCCGUAGUGUACAAGUACAAAUCAGCCGCAAAGAUACUAAUUUCUUUUGUUAAAUUUUAUAAUUGGUUCAAGCAAAAACGUGAUUGAGUGGCACUUAACAUGGUUAUUAUUACGACGGAAAGUUCCGUUUUGAGAUAAAUAAUUCAUUAGAUUAAUAAAGAAAUUGUUAAAUCGGUACGAAAUAUGAUUUCUCUUGCAUCUUGCUGGCAAAAGAAGUCUACUAGUUUAUAAUUAUUUUAUAUUAUGCAGCAAUCACUGCUGCUAACGAAUAGCAUCGUCAGUGACGACACCCAUACGAAUAAGACAUAUAUGUAUAUUCAACUUCACAUAAUUUUGAUAAAAGAAAAAAGUGAUAAGCGAAACAUAUUUAUACAAAGCUUAAAAAUGCAACUGAAAUCUUCAACGGCAAAUAAAUAUUGCUUUAUCUUUGCACUUACCUUAA